CCAGAAUUAAGCUUGUUGCAAACUCCAGUCCUCAUAAUCCGACCUUCCUCCUCUAAUCUCACACCACCGCAAGCACACCAAGUCACCAUGGAACAAGCAGCUCUGCGGUCCUGGGACCUCGAAAACGCAACCACCCUAAUCGACCCCCACCGCGACACGCUCUACGCCUACUCGGAAGAAACGCACCGAACGCUCUCCGCGCAGCGCCCCUGGGCCAAAGACCCGCACUACUUCAAGACGGUCCGGAUCUCGGCCCUGGCGCUGCUCAAAAUGGUCAUGCACGCGCGAUCCGGCGGGUCACUCGAAGUCAUGGGCCUGAUGCAGGGGUACAUCCUGCCAGAGACCUUCGUGGUGACGGACGCCUACCGGCUGCCGGUGGAGGGCACAGAGACGCGGGUAAACGCCCAGGAGGAGGCCAACGAGUACAUGGUGUCGUACCUGCAGUCGUGUCGGGAUGCGGGUCGCAUGGAGAACGCCGUCGGGUGGUACCACAGUCACCCCGGGUACGGGUGUUGGUUGUCGGGCAUUGAUGUCACGACGCAGGAUAUGCAGCAGUUGGGGGGACCGUUUGUGGCGGUGGUGAUAGAUCCCGAGCGCACGAUCUCGGCCGGGAAGGUGGAUAUCGGGGCGUUUCGGACGUUUCCGAAGGAUUAUGUGCCGUCGAAGGGGGAGCAGCAGCAGUCGGGGGAGGAGGAGGAUUAUGGGGAGGAUGGGGCUGGUGGGGCUGGAGGAUAUCAGUCGGUGCCGUUGAGCAAGGCGGAGGAUUUCGGCGCCCAUGCUUCCCAUUACUACUCGCUCGAGGUGGAGAUCUUCAAGAGUACGCUGGAUGCCCAGCUGCUGGAUCUGCUGUGGAAUAAGUACUGGGUGGCUACCCUCAGCCAGAACCCGCUGUUCGCCUCCCAGGACUACGGGAGUAAGCAGAUCAUGGAUCUCAGUCAGAAGGUCCGGCGCGCCACGCGCGGCAUGGAGGGCAAUGUUUCUCGAGGCAAUGUGACGCAGGUCCGGGAUCCCCAGCUGGACCGUAUCGCUCGGGACGGACAGCGGAUUGCGUCAGAGGAGGUCAAAGGGCUGCUCGCCGCGGAGGUGAAGAGGAAGCUAUUUCAAAACAUCGGACAGGAAGAAGCGACAGAUGCAGCGCCGCAGCCCAGAUGAUCCAGACAAGCCUUUCGUUCAGUGAUGAGGUGGAAUGACUUAUGCCUGCUCUCGAUUUCUAGACAAAAUUGAACAAAAA